AUGGACUGUGGACACUUAGCAGAGAGCAGAGAGGAGAUCUCCAGCCCGGGCGCAGAGCCCGAUUCCCUGCCGCCUUCCUCUGCUGGCAGCAAUUCCUGCCUGCCCCCGGCGGCCGGGCCGCGGGCCGGGGCCGCUCCGGGCCGCCCCGCCGCCGCCAACGCUGCCCGGGAGCGCAGCCGGGUCCAGACCCUGCGGCACGCCUUCCUCGAGCUGCAGAAGACUCUGCCCUCGGUGCCGCCCGACACCAAGCUCUCCAAGCUGGAUGUGCUCCUCCUGGCCACCACCUACAUCGCACACCUCACCCGCAGCCUUCAGGAUGAGGAGGAGUCGCCGGGAGAGGGUUUGGGCACACUCCGCGGGGAUGGAUACCUCCACCCUGUCAAGAAGUGGCCCAUGCGUUCCAGGCUGUACAUUGGAGCCACAGGGCAGUUUCUGACUCACUCGGCACAAGGAGACAGCGCAAACCAUGGGGAAACAUCAACAUCUUCACAGAUCUAACCUCCCUUCUUGCUUUUAAAAAAAGAUUAUUUAUUACAUCUUAUAUAAAUAUAUAUUUAAGUUAAAAAACAGUAUCUACAGACAAACUGUAAUUCCUGAAAUGCUGUUUGUAGAGAAGAAGGAAUUGAUUCUUAAAUGUAAUUAAUACCUCAUUAAGUUAACGUGAUACAAUCAUUGUUUUCUACCACUGCUGCGAUCUGAAUGAGGGAGGGUGGGAGGUGGUGACUGCAGCCAGCACCAAUCCGAGCAGCAGCAGCAAAGAGCUGCCAGCAGAGUUAAGUAUCCGUGUCCUCUCUGGGACAAGCCCUGUAAGAAAAGAGAGGAGGAAUUACGUGCUAAUGGCCAAGUACAGGGUAAAACAGGUUUGGGUGAAAAGAGAAGGGCAAAGCUAAAAAUAGCAACUGUAAUCCCACAUAGACUUUCUCCACUGCUUAAAGCCGAUGGCAGAAAUCCCCUGACCGCAGCUGUCAGGUCAGGGCUCCAGCCAUCGGUAGUCCUACACGUUUGUAGCUAUUUUUGGGAAUAUGGAUGCAUGUUCAUGGAGUAGAAAUGUGCUGAGAGACCUGUCCCUACUGCACAGAGUGCUGUAAUUUGGGCACUGCUUGUACCCACCCGCAGGACUGCACUGCAUGUUACGGGCUUGCUCCCCUGGCACAACCAUGUGUCUGCUCACCACACCACGGCUCAUUUCAGUUCACACGUUGGAGCAGGUGUACCCAAAGUGUUGGCUUGUUCACUUAAACAUCUGUAUUUUGGCAAGAAAAGUUGAAACUAAAUGCACAAAUGCCAUCCAUUCUAUCUGUUCUGUAAAACACUGUACUUACAUGGUUUG